AUCGAGAAAUAAACAAAGGAUGGAAGAAACUAAAACAGAAAAAAGAAAAUAAAUAAAAAGUAAAGAACAGUUGUAAUUGCGUAUAGUCCUACGUUUUUCUUGUAUGUUACACUAGCCAUCCUGGCUGGAUAAAGGGUUUGCGUAUCCCGUGUGGCUGCUUCUUUCCAUGUAUGGGUAAUACCGACUGCAUCAUCAAAACAGGAUGAUCUUUAGAAAAUGUCUUCGAUGUUUUUCUGAACUUUGUAUUGCUGAUUGAUUUAUCUAACUCUUCAUAUCCUGUAUUCCUUUCACUGGCCUGAUCUGUUUUAAAAUGACCUUUGUUCUUAGAGAUGUAUGAAGUAUCGCAAUGAUCUGCCAGCUAUCCAAUAAAACUGAAAAAAAAACCAACAUUUUGGAACGCAAAAUACGUGUUCGUUUAUGAUAAAUCUGUUUCAGUUUCAGUGAUACCACUGGUAUCACUCUCUCUUUUCUGAUUGGAUGAUCUCGUCUCCCAGAUCCAUAAAUUUGGAAUCCAGAUCCAUAGAGUCAAGCGAGAACCACUCCAGCCUUCAAUCUUGUUAUCAUAGCAAGAACGACUAAAGUGUUCACACCAUGCUGUCUAAAAUGAUUCUUGGUGUCUUCAUCUCCUUUUCCCUGUUUAACUUACUGGUUAUCUGCCAAGGUUCCGUGCAGAGACAAAAUCACGCAAGUUCCAAAACGUGCAACAUCAAUAACAACUUUUAUGCUGGACCCAACAAGAAAAUCGAAAAUCUUCUCUUGGAUGUGAAAAAACAACUGAACGACAUUCGAAAGGAUCUCAACAUUUUGCCGCAGAAUGAGAGAGACGACACGCAAGUUUUGCCGGACAACAAGAAUUCUUCUGAGCCGUGUACGUUUGACCAACUUGCGGCGGGAGGAGGAGGAAAUACACCUACAGCCAAAAAUAAAGUUAUCAAGAAGAAUUGUGCCGAGCUGUAUAACAUUGGUCACAAAACCAGUGGCGUCUUUAAAAUCGACCCUGAUGGCACAGGUGCUUUUCUCGUAUAUUGUGACCAAAAGACAGCCGGUGGCGGUUGGACGGUGAUCCAGAAGAGGAUGGACGGCUCUGUCAAUUUCUACCUCGGUUGGGAGGACUACAAGAAUGGCUUUGGUAAUCUGAGUAGCGAGUUUUGGCUCGGAUUGGACAAGAUACAUCGCCUGACCCUCAGCGACUGGAACAAGGUUCGCGUUGAUCUGAGGGAUGAAGAUGGAACUAAAGUCCACGCCGAAUAUGAAUUGUUUGCAGUUGCAAGCGAGAAGAACAACUACAAGUUGAGCCUCGGAUCAUAUUCAGGGACGGCAGGUGACGCCCUAACCUAUCACAAUGGAAUGACCUUCACCACCAAAGAUAAGGAUAAUGACGCCCACAAGGAAAACUGUGCACUAAAGCAUAAUGGGGCUUGGUGGUACAACGGAUGUGCUUAUUCCAACCUGAAUGGUCUGCACCAUAUUGGCACGCAUGCGUCAUACGUUUAUGAUGGGAUUUUUUGGAACUCCUGGAAGGGAUACCAGAAGUCAAUUGCAAAAGCUGAGAUUAAAAUCAAACCAGUCAAGUUUUAAAAACCGAAAUAUAAUAGAUUUGCAUUUAUCAUAUUUUUUGGUUUCUUAAACUUGAAGGCAUAAAAGACGAGCUGCGAUUAAUGUUCUGAAGUUACAACUUUUGUUAGAGUAUUGCUUAAAAUAAUGCAAUUAGGCAAGGCAUUUAAGUAGAGGUUUUAUCGAGCCUUAAGCGUUUGGAAAAUAAUCGAUGAUAAGCAUAACCAGAAGAAUUAUAAAGACAGGCGACAUCUUGCCUUUAUCAGGGGGUUGUAAACUCCUAAAAUAUAACAUGUGUGAGUUAUGAUUUUUUGAUUCCUCAUGUAAAAGAUGCUGUGAAUUUAAGUAAAGAUAUGUUAAAAAAUAUAUCCAGUUCAGUUUUCGCAAA